AUGGAUUUUGUUGCUGGAGCCAUUGGAGGCGUCUGCGGUGUUGCUGUUGGCUAUCCCCUAGACACAGUGAAGGUCAGGAUACAGACGGACUCGAAGUACACAGGCAUCUGGCGAUGCGUCAGAGACAUAUACCGUCGAGAGAGGGUGUCCGGUUUCUAUAAGGGCCUCUCGCUGCCUGUGUGCACUGUAUCCCUGGUCUCAUCUGUGUCUUUCGGCACCUACCGCCAUUGUCUUGCGCACAUCUGCCGGUUCCGGUACGGCAGCUCGGACGCCAAGCCUGCCAAGGCCGACAUCACGCUCUCAGGAUUCACCUCUGGCCUUGUCCGCGUGUUCCUGACCUCGCCCACUGAGGUGGCCAAGGUCCGUCUGCAGACACAGACACAGCAACGGCGACUCUCCGCCUCGUCCACUGUGUCCCCCAUGUGUCCUGUGCCCCCUGCUCUUACAUGCCUGGCCCCUGAGUCUAAGUAUCGUGGACCGUUGCACUGCCUGACCACGGUGGCCCGUGAGGAGGGUCUUUGGGGCCUCUACAAGGGCAGCUCAGCUCUGCUUCUCCGGGAUAGUCACUCCUUUGCUACCUAUUUCCUCUCCUAUUCCAUCUUCUGUGAGUGGCUCACCCCAGCUGGUCAGAGGCAGCCAGAUGUCUUGGGCGUACUGGUGGCUGGUGGCUGUGCAGGGGUGCUGGCCUGGGCUGUGGCCACCCCCAUGGACGUGAUCAAGUCGCGCCUGCAGGCAGAUGGGCAGGGUCAGCAUCGCUACCGGGGCCUCAUGCACUGCGUGGUGACCAGUGUGCGGGAGGGGGGCCCUCGUGUCCUCUUCAAGGGGCUGGCUCUCAACUGCUGCCGAGCCUUCCCCGUCAACAUGGUGGUCUUUGUCACCUAUGAGGCCAUACUGAGGCUGGCCCAGGGCCUGCUCACAUAG